AUAAGACCUUGUUCUUGUACCAGCUGCUGCUGAGCCGACUGCCAACUCAAUAGGAAGAAGAAAAGUCCCCUCGAAGUCGUUAAUUUAAUUAUGAAGCCGUUUUUGAAGGCUUGAAGGAACCUGGGGUCCGUUGAUAAGUAAUUGUUAUGGAUCGACAGAAGGCUAAAAUAUUAUUUGAUCUCCUAAGAUCAUCUUCUAGUGACAGAGUAAUCAAAGGCCUGAGAGAAAUUAAGAAGAGGCUUUUGACAAACAAUGAAAACAUUGGCAUAUUUAGUAAUUUUGGCAUUGCUAAGCAGUGUUUAAAGUUGGUUCAGCGUCCAAAUGAAGAAAUACUUAAUGGAACCUUAAGUAUUCUCAGCAUUGUAUGUACUGACUCAUCUAUUAGAGUUGAGAUAAACGAUAACAAUGGUGUGCUUCACCUUUACAAUGUUCUGAAAGGCACAAAGUCCGAGUCCUUGCAGUACAGGAUUGUUCGGACUAUAGGUAACCAGUCACAGCAUAAAGUCAGUUGUGAUGGUUUUGUCAAGCUUGGAUGCACUGAACUUAUCAUUACCCUAUUGCAGACCUGUAAAGAUGAUGAAACCAAGUGUGCUUCCAUAAGAGCACUAAGAUCAAUAGCUUACAGUGGUGAGCACUGCAGAAAGAUUGUAAAUGAAAGAGGCAUCUUUCACAUUUGCAAUGCAAUAACUGGAUCCUCUAACAGCCUUCUGAUGCAGGAGGUUUUCAAAGCCUUGACUCACUUUUCUCGCAUUGCCCAUCCAACAUGUUUGAAACAGAUCAUGGAAGGUACUGACAAUAUGACCAUAUUGAAAACAAUAGACAUUGGGGAUAUUUCUUUGCUAGAGCAAGUCCUUCGGAUGAUAUGAUUAACAAAAAUCGUGCUGGGCAUGCUCCAGAGCUCAAGGAACAAAAACAGUAAUUUUACGUUGACAUCAAAACUUAUGGAUGACCUUGCAAUGGCUCAGGCGCCAUCAAUUAUAGUCGCAGAGUUGAUGAAUCGAAAAGUGCACGAUAUAAGUGAGGAAAAACUAAUCCAUGCCCUGUGCGAAUUUUGCGAGGGAUUUGGUCCCUCAAGUAAUUUCAAUUAUCCCCCGCUUUUUGUGGGACGAACUUGGAUACAGGUGCUAGACUGUGGGGGUGUUUCAUUGUUCGUUUCUCUCCUUACCAAACAGUUCACUGAUACAUCUCUUAGAUCUGCUUUACUCAGGGCACUUACUGGAAUCGAAGUUAUGUUUCAGAUUCUGAAACACUUUCUUGUGGCUAAUAUAAUGCCUCUGCUGGCAGAGCAGUUUGACGAAGUCAUGAAGGAGUAUAGAAAUGUGAGACGACAAUCACAGGAAGGGUUCUGUGUUCAUACAGCUCCUGCAGAUUCAUCGCAGGGUGAUGCUACAGGCUCAUCCAUAGGGGAAGAUGAUAAGGAGGUCAGCAUCAAAACUCUCCCACCUGGUCUCCAGCACCAGAGUAAAUAUGAUUCCCCUCCUUCUUCACCGCCAGCAAAUCAUUUUGUUACGAUCAGUGCUGGUCAGUGUCCAUGGGAAUCACCACCUUCUUCACGUCAUUCUUCUCCUUGUUCUUCCCCCAGCUACUUUCCACCCUGGCUUUCACCUCCUCGGUCUGCAUCUCCAAUUAAAGCACCGUCAGACUGGGAAUACGAGGAGGAUGAUGUUGAUGAGUCAUGUGAAAAUGGUAGAUUUUCUCCAGUGAUACCAAAGGCAAAGGAUCUGGAGGAAACCGAAGAUGAAAUAGAUGACGUGGACGAAGGUGACGCAACAACUACAGAAGAUGUUAAUACUGAAGACGAAAAUGUGUCUGCUGAUGAGGACUCUGCUGGGCGAGAAGAGGGAGCAAUAGAAUCACAUAUAAAAAAAAUGCUAGUCAUAAGUCCUACCUCACAGAAACGAUCUAGAGAGACAUCUAGUCCUUGUUGUAGUAAUGUUGAAGUUGAUUCUCUAGAGAAGAAGAUGAAGACUGGUGUUGAGAUUUGUUCGUAUUCCACUGAUAUUGACGAUGAAGGUAAAGAAGCAUCGCUUGUUGGAGACCCCACUGUGUGUAAAAGUCAUUGCUCAGAUGAUACAGUCAAAGCAGACUCAAAAGCCGAUAUAUCAAAACCAGACACAGAUGAAGCAUCAAGUGAAAUUGAAUCAGGACCUUUGAAGACUCCCUUUAUCAGAAUGAACGAAAUAAAGUUCAGGGUUCGGAAACGUCCACGUCGCAAAUUAAGCAUGGAUCCUGAUAGUAAUACAAGUCAAGAUUUGCCAAGUCAGAGUCCCAAAGUUCAGCUCACUAGAAGUGCCAGCAUUUGCUCCGAGUCAGCAUAUUCUGAUUUGACUUCAGACGAGUAUAAAUGGCUUCAGUUGUUGGAGUUGCUGGUUCGAAUUAUUGGGCAGAUUGCUCUUAUCAAGGAAGCUAUAAAUACAGUCUGCAGAGAAUUUGUGCCCCGCAUAAUGACUUACCUCUCAACAGCUCAGGUUAUACACAAAUCUGCAACACAGAUGCUUAGAACUAUUGCCAAGAACUCGCUGUCAAUCCCACAUCUUCUGGACAGCCUUUUCAUUCCUUAUGUGGCAGUAGAAUUGGGGGAAGCAGUGAAUCCGGAAAUCCCCAGUGAGUGUAGUCAGUGCCGCAUUUUGUGCGAUGGGUCAGUGGGCUUCUUGAAUGAAAUGGAGAACUUCUUCAAUCACAUUCACAAUUUUGGCCGCAUCGAAGUUAGCAACCGGCUGAACCCAUCAAAUAACCACAGUAUAAGAGAGGGCUGUGUGAUGGCGUUGCCUCAUGUUACUAGAUGCCCAAAACUUCUCUAUGAUUUCAUGGUAUCAUAUCCUGCCAUGGACUUACUGAUGCAAGUGCUACAUUCUGACAGACCGCCAAAUGAAGCAAGCUACAUGUAUGCAACAGCUGCCAUCUCGCGUCUGGCUGUAACUCUUCAGCUAGGUAAACAGAUCCAACCAGUGAAAUGUCCUGCAUGUUCUGAGAGAAGAACCCAUUCUGUGGAAGAGAUUGCGAAGCAUGUUCAUGUGCAGAGGGAGCAGUCAAAGGCACAAGAGGAAGCCUUCACCAAGGCAACUUCAAAGUUGUCAGAAUCAGACAGGUCGGAAAAGUGCAAGUUUGCCUUAGACAAAGUUAAGGACGUAACAUUCACCUUAGAAGGUGGAGAAACCCUGAGUGCUAAUCGAGAGUUUCUCUCUGAAAAGAAUGAUGUCUUGAAUGGGAUGCUGAUGGGAAGCUUUGCCGAAGGGUCCAGUGCCUGCGUAAAGCUUCCAGAGAUUAAGAAAGCUGCGCUUGAAAUGCUCAUUCAUUACCUUUAUGGGUGUCAGUGUGAUUUCAUGGAAAAUGCUGAUUUCGAGUCUUACUUACAGUUAGUUUCCUUAUCGCAAAUGUACAUGGUAAAAAACUUAGACACCUUUGCCAUUUUGAAGAUGAUAUCAGCCAUCAGUGAAGGCAGUGAUAUAGUUAUGCUUUAUGAAAGUGGUCUUGGACGAAUUGAUGAAAAUAUAGUUAUGCAGGCUAUUUGUACAACGUUGGUUAGACCCAUGAAAACUUGGAAACGAGCGCAGUGGUUCAAAGAGCUUUUCCAGUCGAGACACUCUGCCGACAUCGAUCAUAAUAUUCGUGUUGUUCUUCACUACCCCUUAGACAUUAACAGAUUAGUAUGUAAUUGUAACCAGUCAUUAUCUUUAUAUGCAGUGAAUGAAAGUGUUUAUUCUAAACUCAGGUGAAAUAAGCUUUCAAGUCUAUUACAGUGUAAGUUUACCAAAGGUUUGUUGACUUUUAUUAUGGUUCCUAACUCCUUUAUGGUUCUCAUGUUGUAUAGCUUAAGUUGUGUUGUGAAAUUUUGUGAGGAAUGUAUGCAACCCUGGAAAGAACUAGUCACACUGCUAAUGACUUGAGUUAACCAAAAAUUUUUCUAGAUAAGUGAGCGGGUAGACAAUGUGUAUAACGCAUGCAAUUUCGGUACAUCAAAUAUUUGCUUUUGGAUUCACGGAGUCCGAAGAUGACUGUAGAUACCUUCAUAAACAUCAAGUUUGUGAACGUAUCUUCAUAAACUUAAUGUUUAUUUUAUCACCUUCAAUUAUUGCAAUAUCAAAAUGGCUUCCAUUUAUGUAUUUAUAGAUAUGUUUGUAGGGCUCUAAUGACUUAAUUUGUUCUUCAUUUGUAAGAAAUCUGUGAUCCCUUUCAGCUUCUACAGGUACUUUGAAUUAUCGGCUUAUAUGCAAUGAAUGAUAUGACCCUUGUUUUACAAAACAUGACACCUUUAGUAUUUUCAGAGACCAUUGUUAUUCAGCACUGGGCUUGGAAAAGAAGCCUUUUUUUUUCCUGUGUAAGUUUUUUCUUAUGUUUCAGUCACCAAAUUUUUGGUGAGGGGUAUCAUGAAAAUUUUUAUAUGCAGGCUUCUCUUUCCCUAUCUGUUAUUACAACAAUAAUGCAAGUAGUGAAUUUUAAAGCACUGUUGUAGGAUGUGUUCACUUUUAUGCAGACUAUGAACAUUCUGCAAAGCAAGUUGUGUUAUUGGCAGGCUGAAGAAGUUUUUCUAACAUACAAUACAUUUAUUGCAUUCAGACCCAAUAAUCACAGAGUUGCUUUCAUUGCUACAAUGUAGUAUUCUUAAGGAUCACUGUUUCUGGCAUGGCUUGCCUUAGAGUUAACAGCAACUCUGUGUAUAGCAAUUGGUAAUCUAAGAAUGUCUCUCGAAAUCUAAGCUGCAUUGUUUCCAAGGACCCAAACCAAUUGGAACUAAUUCACUCAAACCUGAUUCGUUCCGUUGCCUCUUAUCUGAGCCACCGAGUCAUUUUACUUUGAGGGAUUCAGGCCAUAGAUCUAAGGCUUUAAGCCUCUCUACUAGUGUGAAUAGAAACCUUACUUCUAAAGAUCCAAUCUCAUCCACUUUAAGAGUUUCAAGACAAUCUACUGAUAAGGAUCCAAGACAAUCCUCUGUGAAGGAUCCAAGCCAUUUCAUUACUAGGGUUCCAAAUCACUCCUUUCUUAAAGAUUCAAGUUGAUCCACUCGUGAGGAAUACAAAGUAACCAGUUCUACGGUCAUCCAUUGAGAAAGGUGGUCAGUUAACUAUGCAUAUUUAUCAAACUCUUACUGUACUGUUACGAGGAUUCUGCCAUUCAGUCCCAGCGCAAAGUUGUUAAUAUUUCACUUCAGUCUAGUGAUUUGGCAUCUUAAUUCAUCCCCCUUUGAAUUGAGAUUAGGGUCCUGUAAGUACAGGGUUGUUGUAGAACAAGGUAAUUGUUUGAAAAUUGAAGUUUCAUUUCCCAGUUAUUUUUUGAAAAUUGAAGUUUGAUUUCCCAGUUAUUUUUUGAAAAUUGAAGUUUAAUGUCCAUCUUUUCUGCUACCUGAGAUGCAAAUGACAUCAGGUAGAAACUGGACAGAUAGCUGGGACCCACAUGUCUGGCUCGUUCAUCCACAGUAUAAAUGCACUUUAGCAAUUUUUUUUCAAAGAAUUUUUGUCUGGGACCAUUUCAUGAUGAAUACAGUGGGCAUUGUAAAUAAGAGUUUUUCAUAAAAAAGUCGUCUUUUUUUUUUUUUUUAACUACAUAAAUUGUAUAUUUUUGUUACUGUACUUUUUAUUGAAUUCGAAAUCUUGUCUCAUUAGCAAGAAAACUGGUGUAAUUAACAAAGCCUGUAAUGUGGUAAAUUAUUGAAGUAUUUUUUAGUGUGUUAUGCAAACUGAACAUUGUUCAUUCAGUAUAAUUCUUCAGGUCAGGAAAUACUAUGUAAUUCUGUUGAGGAAAUAUGCAUAUGGUAUAUGCAAUUUAUCUUUCAAAAAGGACAGCGAAGUUAUGCGAGACUUUUACCUUCAUCUAAGAAGUUCUUGAAGCAAAAACAUAAAAAAUUUUAUGCAUAAUAUUGUAUUCACAUGAAAUAAAUGCAUAGUUUACGUUAAAAUGAUGUAAUCAUCAUUAUGUGUAUGUUAUAAAUGUAAGUUGAAAAACUUUAUGCAAACAUAACAUAUUAAAAUGCAAAAAUAAUAAAAUAUUUAAACUUUUAUUUUUGUUUUUCAUCACUGUUUUACUGUCAGGUAUGUGUGUUAUGGAGUUUUUGGAAACUUUUAUGAAUAAAGCAAUUAAAAUUUAACCCAAAGAUCCACGACAUUAACGUUUUGAAUGUAACAUUUACAGGAACUCAGUGAUGAAAUCCAGGUUUUCAAUCAUUUCUAUAUUUCAGUUGUAAAAUAUUAUUAUUAUUAUUAUUAUUAUUAUUAUUAUUAUUAUUAUUAUUAUUAUAAUGAUAUUGUAACCAGAUCAAGAACAAUGUAUGAUAUGAUUAUGUUUCUGUUUGUUAUGGAAAUACAAUCCUUAUUGUAAAGAACACUAAAUCUGUCAAGACUGUUAUGCAAUAGUUGUGUAAAUUUGUGAAAGAUUUUUUCCCAAGUAAGUUUCAUUUCUUUUAUGUGUAAAAGAAAAUAUCAGAGUAAUUAUGAUUGCAUCCAGUGUUAUUCGGUAACAGAGUUCCACUUGUGUUGUAUAUGUGGAUACUUCAGGGGCUUAUUUGUCAACUGGCGACACCUUUACAAAAGUAAAAAUAAGCAAUUGAUAAAUCAUACGAGUAUGUCAAUCACUUUGUGCAAUCUGUUCUUGGAAAUGCCAGUGAUGGAGUUAUUCACAACUUGAGUAGAUAGUCUGACCCUUAUCUUUUACACUUCCCCACCAGCAAUUUUUUUUAUACAAUAAAUUGUUAAGCUCAA